AUGAAGCUUGUGUGGAGAGGUGCAAAUACCCUGGAUUUUAAUUGUUGGGAUUAUCGUGGUGGCCGCUCUUUGAGGAGUCAACCUGGGCUGAAUCUUGUGAAGGCUGUUACAGAGGUGUUAUUCCUUCGGGAAGCUGGAGAAAUCCACAGUUUUCGUCUCAGUUGGAACGCACAUGAAUCACUAACAUCUUUCGUUCAUAUCUGGGUAAGACACACUGUCUCUUGUAAUCUUCGAGUUCUGGAUCUCUGUGUUGCCUCGUCUGGUGAGGGAACUCAUCUUCCUGAUAAACUUCUUACAUGUUCUACACUUGAAACUCUCCGGUUAUCUGGUGGCUCCCUUUUAGUUGUAGCCCCUUCUGAUGUUUGUCUUCCCAAACUAGAACAUUUGUGUCUCGUUGAUACUGCUUUCGAUUCAGAUGACUCUUUUCGAUGUUUGAGCGAUUGCAAAGAUAGAAAGCUAGAGAUAGAUGCUCCUGCCCUUGAGGUCUUUGAUUUCUCUGAUAGCCAAAUGAAGGAGUUGUCCAUGAAACGCCUGACAUCUGUGAACGAAGUGAAAGUUGAUCUUCAUGAACAUUCUGAAACUUACUUGGAUAAUGGAAUAAGUAUUGGUCUAUGCGAUUCGAUUCUGAACCUUAUUGAAGGUGUGAAAUGUGCAAAAUCUCUGACUUUGAAUCAGCUUGUUGUGCAAGGUCUUAGCCAUGCCUCCACCCCAUUAUCUGCAAUGUUUGAGCGGUUAACCAUAUUGGACGUUGAAUGUCCUUGUUGCCACUGGAGCUCGUUGAGUGCAAUUCUUGCAAACUCAAUCCAGUUACAAGUCCUUAACAUUUCCAUGGUUACAUGUUAUACUUGUAUAGAUGUCGAUGGAUAUUGUACUUCUAAGGAAAGUUGGAAGGACCCCAAGGACGUUCCUGUAUGCUUGUCACAGAGUCUUGAGGAAGUUUCAUGUGAUGUAGAGUCCUAUCUAUGUGAUGGAAUCAAUGAGUACUUUGCAAUGCUUAGGUAUAUUUUAAAGCAUGGUGUUUUGAUGAGAAGUGUUGAUCUAGCUUUUGGUUAUCUUGCCUCCGAAGUUAAGACUACUGGAGGUGAUAUUGGCAUUGCCCAGAAAUUCAAGUGUUUAGGAUUGCUGAGAUAUGCUGAACCAUAUUGUAAAGAAAAUUGGCAAGAAUCCAGAAGCAAGGUUGAGAAUGAUUAUUGGAGAAAUUCAGUCAUCGGUUUUGUGCUAGGUGCAAGUCCUCCUUUCUCUGUUAUGAAUAAAGCUGCUGCUGCUUCUUUGGUUGCUGAGGACUUUGUCUGGCGGUUUGAGUCUACAGAAAUGACAGCUCUUGUUCAUUGUUUGCAAGCAUUGAUAUGGGUGCGAGUACCUGCAACACUCACUGUGAUGGAAGUUAGGAAGCAGAUGUUGCUAGUUAUUGGUGUUGAUGAUUCUGAUUACAUUGCCUAUAGGCAGAGUUGUGUUUCUGUUGUUAGUAUGGCAUCACCAGCCAAGAAUGUUUCAGCUGUUGGUGAGGAUGCUUCUUCAGCAGCUGCUGCUGAAGCAAUGGACGUGUUUCGAUUAAUUCAAGCUCAUCAGGAAAAUGCAGCCAGGCUGCCUCCAGUUGAAGAAAUAAAGACGGUUCUUCAUCACAGCUUGCGUGGCAUGCUCUCCACGUUCUCACAUAAGUACGAAGGCUACCCAUCAGGUUCCAUGGUUGACUUUGCCUGUGAUGCUUAUGGAUCUCCAAUACUAGCUGUCAGCAGCUUGGCUUUCCAUACCAAGGUAGCUGAGAGUGAUAAAGAUGCCAUACGAACAGCUUACUUGGCCAGGCAUCCAAAUGCAUUUUGGGUUGAUUUUGGUGAUUUUCAUUUUGUGCGCAUCGACCCCAAAGUUAUACGGUAUGUUUCAGGGGUAGCUACAGCUGCAUUGGGAGCAGGAGAAUUUAGCAAGGAGGAGUUUGCGGCCGCAAAAGUUGAUCCAAUAUAUCAGUUUUCUAAACCCAUUGCGUCGCACAUGAACGAGGAUCAUGCAGACGAUACAAAACUAAUUGUGCAGCACUCGACAUCUGUCCCUGUUGAUUUUGCUUACAUUUUGGAUGUAGACAGCCUCGGUUUGAAUGUCAAGGCUGGCUAUCAGGGGAACACUCUAAAACUACGCAUUCCUUUUCCUCGGCGUGCUGCAGAUAGGAAGGAUGUAAAGACUCUUAUUGUUGAAAUGCUUCAAGCUGCUAGAGAUCGAGACAACUGAUUCUGUUCACUGCAGAAGACUAUACACAGUAUCAUGGUUCGUUGGUGAGACUCUAAUCUGCUUCCUUUGGUUUAAUUCAUUUUCAUGUAGAAGUUGGAUGUAUAUUAUGCCUGAAUAAAAGGAUGAUCCAAUAAUUUAUAACUUUCAUCUGCACCGUCUAAUGUUUUGUGAAAUUUAUGUCAUCAAUUAGUUGUAGGGCCAAAGAUUUGCUGCUUCUGUGUCUUAUUCUUACAGUGUUGGAUGCUUUUUUGUUUUCCAUUAGUAUGAUAGGGAAAAAAAAAGUAUUUUUACUGG